GUUUAAUUUUUAAUUUGGUCAAAAUCGAAUUCUGUAGUCCCAGACAAAAACGCUAGAGUUGAUGUUGUAUGGCAGCAGAUGAACAAAGGAAUUUCUACAGAUAAGCUGAAUUCUAUUCUCAAAAAGUCUACAACAAAUCCAAAAACAAAGUCAUCUAAACCAUCUUCAAAAUCUUCGUCUUCUUUCUUGGACUCGGUCCAAAGACGAGUUCACCCACCCAACCGGUACCUAAGUGUUCUUGAUAAGACGAAAAAAGAUUGGGGCGAGUUCAAGGAAGAAAACCGUUUGGAUGAAGAGCUUGAAACUUACAAGAAGAGUGGAAAUCAGUAUCUAGAUAAAGUUUCUUUCUUGGAGCGUGCGGAUUAUCGUCAAUUUGAACGGGAAAGAGAUGUGCGUUUGGCUGCGCAAGCUAAGAGGAAAUCCGAUUUGCGAGAAGAUGAUGACUAAAUCCAAAACAAACCUGGCAAGUGUCACCUCUUUGUAUA